AUGGCGACGCAGCCACCCAGCGGGAUCCGCCUCAGCGCGCUUUGCCCGAAGUUUUUACAUACAAAUUCUACAAGUCACACUUGGCCAUUUAGUGCAGUCGCUGAAUUAAUAGAUAAUGCUUAUGAUCCUGAUGUGAAUGCUAAACAGAUAUGGAUUGACAAAACAGUGAUAAAUGACUGUAUAUGCCUGACAUUCACUGAUAAUGGGAACGGUAUGACUUCAGACAAAUUACAUAAAAUGCUAAGCUUUGGCUUCAGUGAGAAAGUCACCAUGAAUGAUCAUGUCCCAGUUGGAUUGUAUGGAAAUGGCUUCAAGUCAGGUUCUAUGCGUUUGGGUAAAGAUGCAAUGGUUUUUACCAAAAAUGGAGAAAGCAUGAGCGUGGGUUUCUUGUCUCAGACGUACUUGGAAGUCAUAAAAGCAGAACAUGUUGUUGUCCCAAUCGUAUUAAAUUCAACAGAAUCAAAAGCGAGCCUUGCUGCAAUUCUGGAACAUUCUCUAUUUUCUAAGGAACAGCAGUUACUGGCAGAACUUGAUGCUAUCAUAGGCAAGAAGGGAACCAGGAUCAUCAUUUGGAAUCUCAGAAGCUACAAAAGUGCAACAGAGUUUGAUUUUGAUAAGGAUAAAUAUGACAUCAGAAUUCCAGAAGAUUUAGAUGAGACAGCAGGGAAGAAAGGGUACAAGAAGCAAGAAAGGAUGGACCAAAUAGCCCCUGAGAGUGACUAUUCCCUGAGGGCUUACUGCAGUAUAUUGUAUCUAAAGCCACGAAUGCAGAUCAUCUUGCGUGGACAGAAAGUAAAGACCCAGCUAGUUUCGAAGAGUCUUGCCUACGUUGAACGUGAUAUUUAUCGACCCAAGUUUUUAACUAAUAAAACUGUGAGAAUUACUUUUGGAUUCAAUUGCAGAAAUAAAGAUCAUUAUGGAAUAAUGAUGUAUCACAGAAAUAGACUCAUCAAAGCUUAUGAAAAAGUUGGAUGUCAGUUAAAGGCAAACAACAUGGGUGUUGGAGUAGUGGGGAUUAUAGACUGCUAUUUCCUAAAACCAACUCAUAAUAAACAAGAUUUCGAUUAUACUAAUGAAUACAGGCUAACAAUAACAGCACUGGGAGAUAAGCUCAAUGAUUACUGGAAUGAAAUGAAAGUGAAAAAACAUGCAGAAUAUCCUCUAAACUUGCCAGUUGAAGAUAUUCAGAAACGUCCUGAUCAGACAUGGGUUCAAUGUGAUUCCUGUCUAAAGUGGCGAAAAUUACCAGAUGGGAUAGAUCAACUUCCAGAAAAAUGGUAUUGCUCCAAUAACCCUGACCCACAGUUCAGAAAUUGUGAUGUUCCAGAAGAACCUGAAGAUGAAGAUGUGGUGCAUCCCACUUAUGAAAAAACCUACAAAAAGAAAGACAGGGAAAAGUUCAGGAUCAGACAACCGGAAACAGUCCCUCGGAUUCAUGCCGAACUCCUGUUUCCAAAAACCCCUGUGUCAAGUCAAACCUUUACUCCCGUUAAGGAAAGUGUUCCACGAGGACAUCUUUCAGAAGUAGCAAAUACUUACUCAACAAGGCUUAUAAACCAUCAUCGAGGUUCACCCCAAUCUGAACCUGAGAAUAACAGCCUGAAACGGAGACUCCCUACUCGCUCCUCAAUUUUGAAUGCAAAGAAUCAGAGAUUGAGUAAUCAAGUAUUCGAAAAUUCUCAUAAAGAUGAUGAUGAUGAUGAAGAUGUCAUCAUCUUAGAAGAAAAUAGCACUCCCAAGCCUGCAGGAGAUGAUGAUACUGAGGUGAAAUUGCAACAGAGUCCCAUGGAGCAAAGUGGUGUUGACGUGGAGCCUGUGGGUGAUAAUGAACCUUGUGGCCAGACGGGUUCCACAGGCACCUCCGCAUCCCGGUGUGAUCAGGGCACCACCACAGCCACCCAGACGGAAGUGCCAAGUUUAGUCGUGAAAAAGGAGGAGACUAUUGAAGAUGAGAUAGAUGUGAGGAAUGACACGGCCACACGGCCAGCCUGUGUGGGAACUGAAGGGAAGACGCCUGAGACCCAGGGAGCCUUGGAUAAGUCUGCUAGCGACGCUGGUUUCCAGUUAAAUGAACUAAGAAAUGAACUGCUUCUAGUAACCCAAGAAAGAGAAAAUUAUAAAAGACAGUGCCACAUGUUCACUGACCAGAUCAAGGUGUUACAGCAGAGGAUACUGGAGAUGAACAACAAAUACGUGAAGAAGGAAACCUGCCAUCAGUCUACUGAAACCGAUGCUGUGUUUCUACUGCAGAGCAUUAAUGGUAAACCCGAAAGUCCGGACCACGUGGCAUCUCAGUAUCGGCAAGCCUUGGAAGAAAUUGAAAGGCUGAAAAAGCAGUGUAGUGCUUUGCAACAUGUAAAGGCUGAAUGCACUCAGUGUUCCAGUAGUGAGAGUAAAAGUGAGGUGGAUGAAAUGGUUGUGCAGCUUGAUGAUGUAUUUAGACAGCUGGACAAAUGCAGUGUUGAGAGGGACCAGUAUAAAAGUGAGAUUGAAUUAUUGGAAGUGGAAAAAUCACAAAUCCGUUCGCAGUGUGAAGAACUGAAAGCUGAAAUCGAACAGUUAAAAUCUACAAGUGGACAAGUAGGAGCUGAUGUAUCAACUUCAAGUAACAUCGAGGAGUCUGUAAAUUACACUGAUGGGGAAAGCCUCAAACUUCGAUCUCUUCGAGUUAAUGUAGGACAGCUCCUGGCCAUGAUUGUACCUGAUCUCGAUCUUCAGCAAGUGAAUUACGAUGUUGAUGUAGUUGAUGAGAUCUUAGGACAAGUUGUGGAACAAAUGAGUGAAAUCAGUAGUACUUAA